AUGUCUUCUGCUGAUCGAGGCAGCUCGGCUGCCGGUGCUGCUACCACUGCAGCUGCCGAGUCCAACCCGGGCUCGGUCUCACUCUCCGAAUCCACUGCUUCCAUCACCCAGGCCUCUGGAGCAGAGACGGCCACCACAUCCUCCUCCCAGUCCCCCGUCCAGCGACCGGUAGAUGCAGCAGACGACGCAAAAGGCGAAGCUUCCGAGGCCGAUAUCCAGGCUCGCAUCGAUCGAAAGCGUCAAGAACACGAGCAGCAGCGCGCUAUGCAUCAAAAGGCUUUCGAACAGCAGAUGGCUCUCCUCGAAAAGCAGCAGCGCGAAGAAGAACAGACUCUCCUUUCGCAGCGUUUGUCAGGCGGCGCUGCUGCCGCCUCCGCCCCCAUCACUCCACCCAAUGGCGCUGUUGCUGCUGAUCCAAAGACGGCGGCAGACGCCGCCGGUGUUGGUCAAUCUGUUCCUACGUCCCGUCGCCAGUCACGCUCGGCUGACGAGCUUGCCUCUGCUGUCGGCGCCAUGUCCAUCACUGGCAAGGAUGGCAUCAACAGCAAAGGCGACAACGCGACGCCCGUCUUCAACGAGCAAUUCCUCUUUGACGACGAGCUGGACAACGAGGACUCGGCUUUCGUCAAGAAGUACAACCUCAAAGGCAGCGAUGAUCAGUUCCCCGUCCUCGUUCAGCGCGGCGUCGCCGCAGACCAGAAUGCUGCUCGCGGUGCGGACUGGCCCAAGUUCGGCAGCGGUGCUGGCGCUGGUGGCGCCGCUCGCGCUGCGGGCGACACCAGCCAAUCUUCGCUACGCGGCUCGGUCACCGGCAAGUCGCCGCCUCCUCCCUCAGGUCAAGGCACGCCCAACAUGGCUUCUUCCUUCGGCACCAGCGCCGGUCGUCAGCAAGGCGGCUUCCCUCUUCCUUCGCCCUCGCCUCGUCUCCCUCAGACGGGCCGUGCGUCGCCUGCCAUCAAUGCUGCCACCUUUGCGGGCGUUGCUUCGCGACAGGUCAGCGGACCUGGCUCGCCCUCGCCGGGUCUCGGUGGUCUCAGCGGCGAGGUGGGUCGUACCGGAGGUGGAUCACGCUUCGUCAACACCGCCGUCCCUGCUGCCGCGGCUGGCCUCAAGAACGCGGGUGGUGCGGCCAGUGGAGCCGCUGCUUUUCCCAGCUUCAACAUGAGCGCCUUCUCGGGUGCGUCGACAGGCAGCGAGAGCCCCAACCGAUUUGGAACGUACUCUCCCAACAACUUUGAUGCUGCUGGCGACGCUCGACCGGGCAGCCGACCUUCGUCGGGUUUCUUCGAUGCCUUCAACCCCACUGCAGGUGCCAAUGCGCCCGGCUCGCUCUUCCCUACGGACAAGUACUCGAUGGGCAUGGCGGGAGCGGACGAGCAUGGCCUUGGACCUGGCGCUGCUAACGCCGCGCUAGCCAAGCAUGGACGCAAGGGGGAGCUGGAUGCCACUACGCAGCUCGAGGAUCUGCAGGGCGACAUCUUCGCGCUGUGCAAGGAUCAGCACGGAUGCCGCUUCCUGCAAAAGAAGCUGGAGGAGACCAACCCUGCUCACCGCGACAUGAUCUUCAGCGAGACGUUCACCCACUUUGCCGAGCUCAUGACGGAUCCCUUUGGCAACUACCUGUGCCAGAAGAUGCUCGAGUUCUGCACGGAUGAGCAGCGCGAUCUGAUCGUCGAGCUCGUUGCGCCCGAGCUGGUGACCAUCUCGCUCAACAUGCACGGCACGCGCGCUGUGCAAAAGAUGAUCGACUUCCUCUCGACACCUCGUCAGAUCCACGCUAUCAUUGUGGCCCUCUCGAUGAACGUGGUGACGCUCAUCAAGGAUCUCAACGGCAAUCACGUGGUGCAAAAGUGUCUCAACCGUCUCAACGCCGAAGACAACCAGUUCAUUUACAAUGCUGUGGCUGCACACUGCGUCGAGGUGGCUACGCACCGCCAUGGUUGCUGCGUGCUCCAGCGUUGCAUCGACCACGCUUCGGAAGCGCAACGCGUCCAGCUGGUGGCCGAGAUCACGUACAACGCGCUGACGCUGGUCCAAGAUCCUUUCGGCAACUAUGUUGUGCAGUACGUGCUCGACCUGAGCAUUCCACGCUUCACGGAUGCCGUUGUCCGCCAGUUCGUGGGCAACGUCUGCCUGCUCUCGGUGCAAAAGUUCAGCAGCAACGUGAUUGAAAAGUGCAUCCGCGUUUCCGAGCCUGGCGUCCGAAAGCAGCUAAUCGAGGAGCUGCUCAACCGGACCCGCUUGGAGAAGCUGCUGCGCGAUUCGUUCGCCAACUACGUGGUGCAGACCAGCCUGGACUAUGCCGAUCCUGUGCAGCGUAUGCGUCUGGUGGAAUGCAUCAAGCCCAUUCUGCCGGUGAUCCGCAACACGCCGUACGGAAAGCGGAUUCAGAGCAAGCUGCAGCGCGACAACCUGGAUCUGGGACCACCCAACGGAGUGCCAUACUCGGUGCUGCAUGCUCACCAGCAGCAGCUGCACGCUAUGGCGGCCAUGGGCGGUGGCGGUGCGGGCGGUGCUCGAGGCAAUGUGGGCUACAUGGGCUACCCUCAGGGCCACCAGAUGGCGCCUCCGCCCCCUCACAUGCACCAUGCGCACCAAUAUGGGCACCAGCAGCCCAUGUACGGUGGUCGCGGAGGUCAUCACGGUGGUGGGCACAACCUGCCGCCGCCCAACUUUGGACAGGGCGGCGGUGGUGGUUACGGAGGAGGGUUCAACGGAAACCUGCCGCCUCCGAUGGGCAUGCAGCAACAGCCGGGAGGACGCAGCCCGGGUGGCUUUACCAACAGCGGCGCUGCUGCCGGGAACGGUGGUGCCGGUGGCGGAUACGGAAACUACUAG